CUUCCCCCACUCACUCACUCCUCCCUCCCACUCCCCACUUCACUCUCACAGCAACCGAGUACUAGUACAAAGUUCUUCGAAUCCCACCGCCGCCGCCGCCGCCGCAGCAUUGCGCGAUGGCCGGAUUCGCGACCUCGCGCCCCGCAUCCCUCGCCCUCGCGGCGCUGCUCGCGUUCCUCAACCUCUUCGCCUUCCUCCUCGCCGUCGGCGCCGAGCGCCGCCGGAGCACGGGGAAGGUGGUGCCGGACGAGUACGACCUGCGGUCCUACUGCCUCUACGACACCGACGCCUCCACCGUCUACGGCGUCGCGGCCUUCUUCGUGCUCCUCCUCGCCCAGGCGCUCGUCACCGCCGCCACCCGCUGCCUCUGCCUCGGCCCCGCGCUCUCCUCCCGCGGCUGCGCCGUCGCCUCCUUCGUCCUCUCAUGGAUAACAUUUCUCACCGCAGAAGCCUGCCUUAUUGGUGGAUCUGUGAGGAAUGCGUACCACACCAAGUAUCUUGGUUACUACAUGAAGCAUGACUUGGUCACAUGUGCCACGCUUCGCAAGGGAGUCUUUGCAGCAGCUGCUGCCUUGAUGCUUAUAAAUCUCCUGGCAUCUCUCAUGUACUACUGGAGUUACUCGAGAGCUGCAACAGGUGGGUUCAUCAAGCACCAGAACGAAGUUGGCAUGAGCAUGACGGAUUACGGCCUUGACAAGGGUGGCUCUAUGCCCUGAGUACUGGAGUAGCAUCAUGUUGCUCUUUGUUCAUCUGGCGGCUAUGACGAGUUACGAGAUUUCUCAGCUUUCUGUGCCAGAAGGUAUGUUCUUGCUGUGCACAGUGAUGCAGUGGAUGACACACAAAUGCGGUUAUGAUAUAUAGUGGUAGUUUUAUUGUAUGUCUCUAAAUUAUUACAACGUUAAAACUCUUUAGGUCCUGGUUGUUAAUUGUUAUAUGGCAUGUGCCUGCUUGCCAUUGGGCAUUGGCUAUCAGCACUACUUUUAGUGCAAAUACAGGUUUAGAUUGUUUGUGCUGGACAAUUGAGGCCAGUUCUUAACAGGGGUGGUUUACAUCA